AGCGAGUGCUUUGAGAAGGGCCCCACAGCAGCGCAGGCUGGGAGGAGCUCUGGAGAUGGGGGCUCCGCCACCACCCCGGGCAGUGCCAGUGCUGGACCACCUCACAGUUUUUACAAAUCAGUGUGUAACUGCUGCUGAAGAGCUCAAGGCAGCCUAAUGACAACAAAAGCGAACCUCCCUGCGGCAGCGGGAUCCGUGGUGGUCCCCUACGGGCACGUGGUUGGGAACGAGAAGUGGAGAGGGUCAGGGAUAGCCCAGAGGCUCCAGGGGAAAAUUAAGCUCAUUUUUGAAGAUGGCUUGGGACUCGUGGACUUUCAUCUUUCAAACAGAAUUUGCAUUUUAUACAUUUCUGAAGCAGAUUUGGUUGCAGGAGAUGACUUCAAACGAAGAUUGGUUCGGUUUAGGAAUGCCAACAGUCUUGGUGGAAUUGUAAUUGUUGAGAGGACUCAAAUAAGCGACCAGUACUUCAUAGCAGUGCAAAAGCUUGUUGUGCUAGAACUUGGAAUGGUGCUGCUUCCUGUGGCAAAUCAAGGAGAAGCUUCUCAACUUAUUACUCAGCUGGUCCGUGAACAAAGUAAGGAUCACAACAGUAACCCCUUCCUUCGUAAGCAAUGCUCUCAGCUGCUAGAGGCAUCAGUAUUUCGGACUGUGCAACAAAUUCCAGGAGUUGGGAAAACAAAAGCUCUGCUUUUACUGCAGCAAUUUGGAAGCAUCCACCGGCUUUGUAACGCAUCUGUCGAGGAGCUUGAGCUAGUAGUUGGACAAACGGUAGCACAACAAAUUCACACGUUCUUAUGCUCUUGACGUAUGUAGCACUGUUUUGGAAGACAAGACUGCUUCUGUUAUUUGAAGUCUAAAAUUGUUUUUGAUGAUCACAUACAAUGGUAACUCUGAUAAUCCUGGUAACAACCAGAGGGUGUUGAGUAAUUCUCUGGAGGUUACUUCCUCUCUACCACUGCUCUGGUUGUGUAGACUGAGCUGUGAAAACUACCUUGGAAAAGGGGCUGGAAGGUGUCUUACAUCUAUCUUGAACAAAAAAAAAAAAGAGAGAGAAAAAUAUGUUUUUUCCUCCUGUGAAUGCUGAAAA